AGAGGACGGAACGCUCCUACUAACUCCAACCAAACCACGUCGGGCUAUAUAAAGCAACCCCUCCUCUCUUCCGGUGUGUGCAGCUCACCUCGUUUCAUAGAAAUGGCCGGGUGCACUUCCUCAGCCAUCGGCGUCCUCCUCCUCCUCCUCCUCUGCUGCACGAUGUGGACGGCGUUCGCCACCGACCACACCGUCGGAGGCUCCACUGGUUGGGCCAACGGGGUUGACUACACUAAGUGGACCUCCGGAAAAACCUUCGUCGCCGGCGACAGCCUCACGUUCAACUAUGGUGCCGGAGUGCACACGGUGGACCAGGUGAGCGCCACCGACUACAGCUCCUGCUCCGCCAGCAACGCCCUCAGCACCGACGGCAGCGGGCAGACGACGGUGAAGCUCUCCAAGGCCGGCACCUACUACUUCAUCUGCGGCGUCGCCAGCCACUGCAGCAACGGGAUGAAGAUCGCGGUCCCCGUCAAGGCGGCGUCCCCCGCCAUCUCGCCCGCCACCCCCCCGUCCGGCUCAACCAAGCCUCCCACCGCAGCCACCGCCACCCCGCCCUCCGCAAGCACCACGCCCUCCGUAAGCACCACGCCCUCCACCACCACCCCCACCACCACGGCGGCCGACAAGCAGUCCAGCGCCGGAUACGUCUCCUCGGCUUCCGUGGCAAUGCUAACCGGGCUGCUGGCGCUCGAGCUGGUGCUCCUUUAGGGUUGGCCAGGGUAGAGACAGUGCUCUUGCUCCUGUUUCUCCAUUUCUUCUGUGUUAGGUGGUAGAUCAUCAUCCAUCUACUUCGGAGCUUCCUUACGGCUGUAUCGUCUUUGUUCAGCUUGAUUUGAGUGUGUCGAGUUGUUCCAUCCCGGUGCAUGGUUGCCAUGUUCUCUUUAUUGAUUCGAUUGUGAGGAAGAGAUCAGGAAAUAAAAUGAGUCUUGAUUUGAUCUA